UCGCCACUUUCAGCUCAGUAUAGAGAAAUCGGAUAGAAAUAGCCGGCGUUAAAGCUUUUGUCGACAUCUGUUGGAUAUUUGGGCUACUGCAGUACAUCUCAGAUUUCUGUCAGGCAGCUCGGAGGCCACUCAGAUGACGACACUUUGGCUGAAGAAGGACCCACAAACGGCGGUUCAUCGUUGCCUUUCCGGAGUUGUAGAGCUUUUGUUGGUAUAAAUGAAACGUUAUCCAUCUGAAAUCAAAGUCAUCUUAUUAACCACGCUGUUUUGAGCCGGGCCGAGCGCUCUGUUUGCUGCCCCUGAAUAACCUCGUUAGGUGUAUAGUGAUAGGGAGCCAUGUUUCUGUACAACCUGACCCUGCAGCGUGCCACUGGCAUCACUCAUGCCAUCCAUGGAAACUUCUCAGGAACCAAGAUGCAGGAGAUUGUUGUUUCCAGGGGAAAGAUCUUGGAAUUACUGCGGCCAGAUGCCAACACAGGAAAGGUGCACACUCUACUCACAGUAGAGGUGUUUGGUAUAAUAAGAUCCCUGAUGGCCUUCAGACUCACUGGAGGAACCAAAGACUACAUUGUUGUGGGAAGUGACAGUGGCCGUAUUGUAAUCCUGGAAUAUCAUCCAUCGAAAAACAUGUUUGAGAAGAUCCACCAGGAAACGUUUGGGAAAAGUGGCUGCCGACGUAUUGUCCCUGGACAGUUCCUGGCUGUUGACCCAAAAGGCAGAGCUGUUAUGAUAGGAGCAAUAGAAAAGCAGAAACUGGUUUAUAUUCUGAACAGAGAUGCAGCUGCAAGACUGACUAUCUCCUCUCCACUGGAAGCACAUAAAGCAAACACACUGGUCUACCAUGUAGUUGGAGUUGAUGUCGGCUUUGAAAAUCCCAUGUUUGCCUGCUUAGAAAUGGACUAUGAGGAAGCUGACAGUGACCCGACAGGAGAAGCUGCUGCCAACACACAGCAGACACUUACCUUUUAUGAGCUGGACCUCGGCUUGAAUCACGUCGUUCGCAAGUACAGUGAAGCUUUGGAAGAGCACGGAAAUUUCCUGAUCACUGUUCCUGGUGGUUCAGAUGGGCCCAGUGGAGUUCUGAUCUGCUCUGAAAACUACAUCACUUACAAGAAUUUUGGAGACCAACCUGAUAUUCGCUGUCCCAUCCCACGGCGCAGGAAUGACCUGGAUGACCCUGAGCGGGGCAUGAUAUUUGUCUGCUCAGCCACCCACAAGACCAAGUCCAUGUUCUUCUUCUUGGCCCAGACUGAGCAGGGAGACAUCUUUAAGGUUACCCUGGAGACAGAUGAAGAAAUGGUGACAGAAAUCAGGCUGAAGUACUUUGACACAAUCCCUGUGGCAGCAGCCAUGUGUGUCCUCAAGACCGGCUUCCUGUUUGUGGCUUCAGAGUUUGGAAACCAUUACCUUUACCAAAUCGCCCACUUGGGUGAUGAUGACGACGAGCCAGAGUUCUCUUCUGCAAUGCCGCUGGAAGAGGGAGACACCUUCUUUUUCCAGCCCCGGCCACUCAAAAAUCUGGUGCUGGUAGAUGAACAGGAGAACCUAUCACCCAUCAUGUCUUGUCAGAUUGCUGAUUUGGCCAAUGAAGACACACCUCAGUUGUAUGCGGCCUGUGGACGGGGACCCCGGUCUACUAUGAGGGUCCUUAGACAUGGACUGGAGGUGUCUGAGAUGGCUGUGUCUGAGCUGCCUGGUAAUCCCAAUGCCGUGUGGACAGUACGCAGGCAUGUGGAAGAUGAGUUUGAUGCCUACAUCAUUGUAUCUUUCGUCAAUGCUACUCUGGUUCUGUCUAUCGGGGAGACUGUGGAGGAGGUGACAGAUUCUGGGUUUCUGGGAACAACGCCCACUCUCUCCUGCUCACUGCUCGGUGAAGACGCUCUGGUGCAGGUGUACCCAGAUGGGAUCCGUCACAUCCGAGCAGACAAGCGUGUGAAUGAGUGGAAAACUCCUGGUAAAAAAACAAUUGUCCGCUGCGCUGUGAACCAGCGGCAGGUGGUUAUUGCCCUCACUGGAGGGGAGCUGGUCUACUUUGAAAUGGACCCGUCCGGCCAGCUGAAUGAGUACACAGAGAGGAAGGAGAUGUCUGCAGAUGUGGUGUGUAUGAGCCUGGCCAACGUUCCACCUGGUGAGCAGCGCUCCCGGUUCCUGGCUGUGGGACUGGUUGACAACACUGUCCGAAUCAUUUCCCUGGACCCAUCGGACUGCCUACAGCCGCUGAGUAUGCAGGCCCUGCCAGCCCAGCCAGAGAGCCUGUGUAUUGUAGAGAUGGGAGGCGUCGAGAAACAGGAUGAACUUGGAGAAAAAGGAACCCUCGGCUUUCUCUACCUUAACAUAGGUCUACAGAAUGGUGUGCUGCUGAGGACAGUUUUGGACCCAGUGACAGGUGACCUGUCAGAUACCAGAACACGCUAUCUGGGGUCCCGACCUGUCAAACUCUUCCGAGUCAAGAUGCAGGGGCAGGAAGCUGUUCUGGCAAUGUCCAGUCGCUCCUGGCUCAGCUACUCGUAUCAGUCCCGCUUCCACCUGACCCCUCUGUCAUAUGAGACUCUGGAGUAUGCCUCUGGCUUUGCCUCUGAGCAAUGUCCAGAAGGUAUAGUGGCCAUCUCCACCAACACACUGAGAAUCUUGGCUUUGGAAAAACUAGGAGCCGUCUUCAACCAAGUGGCCUUUCCUCUCCAGUAUACACCCAGGAAAUUUGUAAUCCACCCGGAGACCAACAACCUAAUUUUGAUUGAGACUGACCACAACGCCUACACUGAGGCAACCAAAGCUCAAAGAAAGCAACAAAUGGCUGAGGAGAUGGUGGAGGCUGCUGGUGAGGAUGAAAGAGAACUAGCUGCAGAGAUGGCUGCUGCCUUCCUCAAUGAGAAUCUACCAGAAGCCAUCUUUGGUGCACCUAAAGCUGGAGCAGGGCAGUGGGCAUCACUGGUUCGUCUUGUCAACCCCAUACAGGGUUCAACGCUGGACCAGGUGCAGCUGGAGCAGAACGAAGCUGCAUUCAGCGUGGCAGUGUGUCGUUUCACCAACACAGGAGAUGAUUGGUAUGUUUUGGUAGGUGUUGCCAGAGACAUGAUUCUCAACCCCAAGUCAGUGGGCGGUGGUUUUAUCUACACUUACCACCUCACCAGUGGAGGGGAGAAGCUGGAGUUUGUGCACAAGACCCUGGUAGAGGAUGUGCCUUUGGCCAUUGCUCCUUUCCAGGGACGGGUCCUGGUGGGUGUUGGGAAACUGCUGCGAAUCUACGACCUGGGCAAAAAGAAGCUACUGCGCAAGUGUGAGAACAAGCACGUUCCCAACAUGGUGACUGGCAUCCAUACCAUUGGCCAGCGUGUGAUCGUGUCUGACGUUCAGGAGAGUCUGUUCUGGGUACGUUACCGACGCAAUGAGAACCAGCUCAUCAUCUUUGCUGAUGACACUUAUCCCCGCUGGGUGACGACAGCCUGUCUGCUCGACUACGACACCAUGGCCUCCUCUGACAAGUUUGGGAACAUCAGCAUUGUGCGUCUGCCCCCCAACACAAGUGAUGAUGUGGAUGAGGACCCCACUGGGAACAAAGCCUUAUGGGACAGAGGCCUUCUAAAUGGAGCAUCACAGAAGGCUGAGGUGAUAGUGAACUACCAUGUAGGAGAGACUGUGUUGUCUCUCCAGAAAACCACCCUGAUCCCUGGAGGAUCAGAAUCCCUGGUCUAUACCACUCUGUCUGGAGGCAUUGGUAUAUUGGUCCCUUUCACUUCACACGAGGAUCAUGACUUCUUCCAGCAUUUAGAGAUGCAUAUGCGUUCUGAGUUCCCUCCAUUGUGUGGCCGAGACCAUCUCAGCUUUAGAUCCUACUACUUCCCAGUGAAGAAUGUGAUCGACGGAGAUCUGUGUGAGCAGUUUAACAGUAUGGACCCUCACAAGCAGAAGAGUGUGGCGGAGGAACUGGACAGAACACCGCCUGAGGUCUCGAAGAAACUAGAGGACAUUCGCACUCGCUAUGCCUUCUAAUUAUACAUGUUCAUAUAGCGGCAGUGGACAAAGAGAAAAACUCAUCAGGAUCCUCACACAAACCCUGCUGUGCUCCAGUAUAUGCCAUGUAAGGACACAGAAUGAUGGACAUGUGGAUUGCUCUAUCGCUGGUUGGAUGCAGACGUACGGCUUGCAUGGAAACAAUCAACAUGUCACAUGCUAGCCAUUCCCAUACAUUGCUCAAUUAUGAUGCAACUCACAUGAACCUCUUCUCCACCAACGCAAGUACCUGGCUUCAAAACUAGCAGCCACACAGUUGUGCGAUCAGUAGUGCCCUCGUUCUCCUACACUUGUACACACUGACUCUUCGUGAGAAUCUUCUUUUUUUCACACCUCCCCUGUGCUGUUGUCAGCAGAAACCACACAUACAGUGACAGCAUUACUUGGAAACAUUGCACUGCCCAGAAUUGCCUCUGUUC